UAGACCAGGCGGCGGCCUGCGCAGGUGACGCGUUGGCGAGCGUCCUAGCAACGCGGUUACUAGGGAGCCGCGCGCCGCCCGCAACAUGGACGCGACCACCGCCCCGCACCUGAUCCCCCCAGAAAUGCCCCAGUACGGGGAGGACAACCACAUCUUCGAGUUGAUGCAGAACUUGUUGGAGCAGCUUCUGAUCCACCAGCCCCAGGACCCCAUCCCCUUCAUGAUCCAGCACUUGCACCGGAACAAUGACAAUGUGCCGAAGAUUGUGAUUUUAGGUCCACCAGCCUCAGGGAAAACUACCAUAGCAAUGUGGCUGUGCAAACAUCUGGACAGCAACCUGGUCACCAAGGAGAACUUAACAGGAAGAGAGGCUUCUCAUCUGGCUGAAGCAGCCAGAGCACACUUAGAGUCUUCCAAGACAGUUUCUAACAAGAUGCUGGUCACCCUGGUUAAGGAGCGCCUGAACGAGGAUGACUGCCUCAGAAAGGGCUGGAUCCUGGAUGGCAUCCCUGAGAAUCGGGAGCAGGCGCUGAUGAUUCAAACCCUGGGGCUGGCACCCAGGCAUGUCAUUGUGCUCAGUGCUCCAGACACGGUCCUGAUCGAGAGGAACGUGGGGAAGAGGAUCGACCCUGUCACUGGAGAAAUCUAUCACACUACCUUCGACUGGCCCUCCGAGCCUGAAAUCCAGAACCGACUAACAGAGCCAGAGGGCAUCUCUGAGCUGGAGACAGCGCAGAAGCUUCUAGAAUACCACAGAAACAUCAUCAGGAUUCUUCCCUCCUACCCCAAAAUCCUGAAGAACAUCAGUGCUGACCAGCCAUGUGUGGAUGUCUUCUACCAGGCUCUGACCUAUGUCCAAACCGGCCGUCGGUGCAAUGCGCCGUUCACUCCCAAGGUGCUGCUGUGUGGGCCCUCGGGCAGUGGGAAGAGCCUGCAGGCCACUCUCCUGGCCCAGAAAUAUGGCCUUGUCAACGUCUUCUGUGGGCAGCUGUUGAAGGAGGCUGUGGCAGCCAAGUCAAGCUUCGGGGAGCUCAUCCAGCCCUUCUUUGAAAAGCAGAUGACAGGCGCUGCCAACACCUCUUCCUUUUGAAUCAGCAACAAAAUUAAUAACUGCUGUUCUCCCAUCUCGCCACAUUUUCUGGGCAAAGGACUCCAGGGCCUCAUCGCAGCUCAUCUUCAAUCUCUCGGUCCCAGCUCGAGGCGACAGCACCACGGACAGAGGGCCAGUGAGCAGCUUAGUCUGUGCCCUGGACUUUGAAAUAUAUAGAUCUGACCUCCCAAACUCAUUCUGACUCGAGC